AUGGCACCGGCACCUUGGGAUAGCCGACCUAUCGUCAUUUCUGGACCUUCGGGCGUCGGUAAAGGAACACUGGUUCAAAAGCUUUUUGACGAGCAUCCCAAUACUUUCGCAUUCACCGUGUCCCACACAACCCACGCACCACGAGUCGGUGAAGUCGAAGGCAGAAAUUACUUUUUCGUCGACCCAUUAACGUUCGACGACCUCGUCUCUCAAGGAGCAUUCGUUGAACAUGCGACAUUCAGUGGAAGCCGGUAUGGUACGAGCAAAAAAACAAUCUCUGACCAGGCAGCCAAAGGACGGGUUGUUGUGUUAGAUAUUGAAAUGCACGGCGUCAAACAAAUGAAGGCAAACCCCAGCAUUGAUGCCCGCUAUAUCUUCAUCAAAUCACCAAGCUUUGAGGCUCUCGAAGCACGCCUUCGAGGUCGUGGCACUGAGAAGGAUGCCGACAUUCACAAGAGACUAGCCCAGGCUAAGGCUGAAGCUGAUUAUGCGACAACAUCCGGUGUUCACGACAAGAUCAUAGUCAAUGAUGAUCUUCAAAAGGCAUUUGAAGAGUUGGAGGAGUUCGUAUUUUGCUGGAAUAAGCUUGCUUAA